AACCCAAUUUUUGGGAAUUGGUACCGGAACGAAAAAAGGGUAAAAAGGUCAAAUGCGGCUCAAAUUAUAAGGUCGUUGACAGUUUUAGAUAAAAAAAGAGGAAGUUACCAUUGAUAAUUCCAAGAUAAUGUUUUAUACGGAUACAAAUAUAUAUAAUAUUCUGUAUUAGAUGAAAGAAUUUUUAAUUCCCAACUUCAAGGACUUAUUAGAGAAGCUUCGGAAGAGCGAACGUGACUGACGUGUUUUAUAAAAUAAAACUUCCUCAUUGUAAAUACUUUGAAAAUAUUUUAAUAAAUAUUUUUUAUAAACAUAAAAAUGACAGAAGAAGUGAAAUUGGAUCAUAGAGCAAAAAAAAGAAUAAAGGAAGUUAAGAGAAAAGCAAGACCUGAACUUGCUGAUAAAGUUGCAUGGCUUCAACAUGCAUAUCAUAAAAAUUUUGAGAUUUUUUGGAAUUUUAAUGACAAUAUUGAUCGUAUUGAAGAGGGAAAAGUACCAGUUGAAGAAUUUAUAGAAAAAUAUGAGAAACCUUAUAAACCUGUGAUAAUUCGAGGAAUACAAAAAGACUGGAAAGCUCAACACAAAUGGACUAUUGAGCGGUUGGCAAAAAAGUAUCGUAAUCAAAAAUUUAAAUGUGGAGAGGAUAAUGAGGGCUAUAGUGUAAAAAUGAAAAUGAAAUACUAUGUUCGAUAUAUGUCAAAAACGGAGGAUGACUCGCCAUUAUACAUCUUUGACAGUUCCUUUGGUGAACAUCCUCGGAGAAAGAAAUUACUCGAAGAUUAUGAGAUUCCAUAUUAUUUUCGCGAUGAUCUUUUUCAAUAUGCAGGAGAACAUCGUCGUCCGCCUUAUCGAUGGUUCGUUAUGGGUCCUGCAAGAUCUGGAACGGGCAUACAUAUUGAUCCUCUCGGUACGAGCGCAUGGAAUGCUUUAAUUUCUGGACAUAAACGUUGGUGCCUUUUUCCGACACACACUCCAAGGGAAUUAUUAAAAGUCACUGCCGGUGAAGGGGGCAAGCAACGUGACGAGGCAAUUACAUGGUUUUCUGUUAUUUAUCCCCGAACAAAGUUACCAUCCUGGCCUCAAGACUGUUUGCCGGUUGAAAUUCUCCAAAAGCCGGGAGAAACUGUUUUCGUUCCCGGCGGUUGGUGGCACGUUGUUCUUAAUCUUGACGAGACAAUUGCCGUCACACAGAACUUUUGUUCACGCACAAACUUCCCCAUUGUUUGGCACAAAACAGUUCGUGGACGACCAAAGUUAUCUAAAAAAUGGUUAAAGGCGCUUGAAGAAAAAGCUCCAGAGACUGCGGCGCUGGCUGAAAAAAUUGACAUCAAGGAAGAUACGGGCGUUGCAAGUGAUUCAUCGAGCGAAUCGAGUAGUUCGAGUAGUUCCAGUAGUAGCGGUUCUGAAGAAAGUGAAGAUGACAGUGGACAGGAGUCGUUAAUUGGACACAAGAAAAGAAAGAGAAGAAAACUGGACAACAAUCAACCCUGACAAUGUCGUGUUCUCGGGACCUACAGAGACCUCAGACUGUACAGUAUUAAUCAACUGUUAUUGUUUGUACUAAGAAUAAAUAUUGUAAUUAGUUUAUGUAUAUUUUUUAACACCAAAUUUGUGAAAAAUCAACGAUUCUACUUGAAAUGUGAAGCGAAAAUCUCUCAACAAACAUAAAUUACUUAUAGUAUUGGAAAAAGUUCUUUUUUUUCACAGAUUUGGUGUCAUUAGUUUUUACAUUAGGCGAAAAUGAUUGCUAGUAAAUUUUCAAAUUCAGAUGUUAAAUAACACUUUUUUUUUUAAAAUGACACAUCAGCACAAGUAGAUCGCAAUCAAGGGGAUAAUUUUUAUCUAUAAGUACUGCCAAAAAUAAUACAAUUUUUAUACAAAUAUUUUUCGUAUAAUUUACAAAAUAUGAAAUUUUUUGAAAACUUUUCCCAGAUGAAAAAUUGUAAUUCCAUUCAGAAUAAAUGAUAAUGCAAUUUUUAAAAGACAGAGAGAAAAAAAUGUAAAAACUAAUGACAUUAGGUCUAGUGAAAUUUUUUUUCAAUCAAGUAUAUAAAGUUCUUUUUAAUUAAUAGUUUUUUACAGAUUUGAUGUGUAAAAAUUAUGACUUAAACAUAGUUUUUGUCGCGGUUCCACUUGUGCCGAUAUGUCGUCGUAAUUAUUAUCAUUAUUUGUAAAUGAUGACACAAAACAGUCAUUUAUCAUCAUCAAAAAAAAAAAUUUUGUAAUUAGCAACAUUAUAUUAUAUGUUCAUAAUAAAAUAAAUGCUACAUAUACUGAUAAA